AUGGAACAUGGAGAGGACGCAGAAUUUGAGAGAAAACUAGAAGAAGUUUACACAGCAUUAACUAGUUACGGAGUAAUUCAUGGGGAUACAAAGUUGGAUAAUGCUAUGGAUGUUGGAGAUCGAAUAAUGGUUAUUGAUUUGGAGCAAGCUAUAAUCGAUGAAACAGAAUUUGCUAGGAGUACUAACAUAGGAAAUGCGAGGGGCUUACUGCGUGACCUUCAAUUGAAUCGUCAAUACGAAAAUGAGGCAAGGCAAAGGGAAGAGAAGAGAUUGAAAGAAAAGGCGGAGGCAAAGGCAAAAGGAAGAAGGCUUUGGGAGCUGAGACAUUCAAAUCAACGUGGAGAGGAAUAA